GGGGGAAACACGGAAGUAGUUCUGAGCUUGUCAACAAAAAAGUCCGACUGACUGGGCGACGUCUUCCUAUCUAUCGACUAAAAUCCCAUCCAAAAUGGCACUUUUCUGACAAUCUUCUGCCGGUUUUUUUUACCCAUUAAAAAGUGUUUUACAGGCAUUGCCACAAUGAUGCACAUCUACACCCUCCUUUUUUACAUUGCUGCAUGCAGUGGGUUACGCUGUGCUCUUUGUUUUGACCACUGUGGACAUUCCCCUCAAGUACUGGACAGCAAAGUGGGAGAAAUAAGGAGUUCUACGUACCAUACCUGGUCCUACCACUUUGGUGCAACAAAUGACUGCUGGACCAUUAAGGGUUUGGUGGGAGAGCCUGUAGUCCUCAGCUUUUCCCAGUUUUCAACUCGGUGCAGGAAGGAGUGGUUGUCCAUAAUAUCAUCCACUGACGGCGAGCCGCUUGUUCUUUGCGGCAACAAAUUGCCGCAACCUGUGGAAUUCCUGGGGGGAAACAUCACAGUGGUGCACCACUUUCUGCCACAUUUGUACCCUGUGUCGUCCUUUCGGUUGAAUUAUGCCAGAGAUACACACUCUGGCGAAUGCCCGUUAACAUCAUUUGAAUGUCUUGGAGGUCGUUGCCUGCCCCUCUCGUGGCGUUGUAACGGCCAGGUGGAGUGUCUCGGCGAAGGUGACGGCACAGACGAGGAGGGCUGUGGCGGAGACGGUAACACUGCCGGCAGCACAGGUGCUGAAGAAAGCACGGCAGAGAGGAACAGCGUGAGCGUCUCCGAGCAGCAAAACCCUGCUGAUAAAAGUCAGAGCUCAGACAGCACUGAUGAGCUGUUGUCCCUGCUGAAAGAGAGAGGAGAAGAUGAUGAGACUGAUGAAGAUCUGGAGCAGCCCCUCACACACAAGGAACCGAUUGUGACCCCCACUCCUAUUGAGUGGCCCUGUGGAGGACUUCUCCAGACUUUCUACGGGACCUUCUCUCCUCCAGCUCUUCGUGGGCAACCUUUGCUCUGCAUCUGGACUCUGGAUCCCGAUGACUCCCGGCCCCUUAGGCUGGACCUUCAACAGCUGGUACUGGGGCCUGGGGACACGCUCACAGUGCACAACAGAGCACAAGGCAAAGGGGAUGUCAUCAAAAUUAUCACAAGCGCAUCCAAUUAUAAAUCUGUCCAAGUGGAGUCCCACACCGGCCUGUUGUCACUCACCUAUCAGACCCUCCCUGGCUCGGAAGGAAGUGGUUUCAAUGCUACAUUCCACGUCGGGAACUACUGCCCUCCCUGGGAGGGUCGAUGUGGCGGCCCCUCGGGAGGCUGCUUCACCCAGGAGCAACGCUGCGACGGGAAAUGGGAUUGCCCCGAGACCGGGAAGGAUGAGGAAGGCUGCCGGGGCUGCAGUCGCAACCAAUUUGCCUGUGGAGUCGCCGGGCAGAGGAUGGCGGUGGCGUCCAGCCACUUUGCCGGCCGCCCAGUGUGUUACCCGGUGAGCGAACGCUGCAACUACCAGUUGUAUUGUGCCGACGGCAGCGACGAGAGGGACUGUACCGUGUGCCAGCCCGGAACCUUCCAUUGUGACAGUGACAGGUGUGUGUUUGAGAGCUGGCGCUGCGAUGGCCAGGUGGACUGCAAGGAUGGCAUCGACGAGCUCAACUGCACGGUGGUGCUGCCACGCAAGGUGAUCACUGCGGCGACGGUUGGCAGUCUGGUCUGUGGGCUCCUGUUGGUCAUUGCCAUGGGAUGCACCUGUAAGCUGUACUCGCUCAGGACCAGGGAGUACAGCCUGUUUGCACCAAUCAGCCGACACGAAGCGGAGCUGAUUCAGCAGCAGGCCCCUCCCUCCUACGGUCAGCUGAUUGCACAAGGGAUCAUCCCUCCAGUGGAGGACUUCCCCACAGAAAACCCCAAUGAGUCUUCAUCGUUGUCUCUGAGGGGCCUUCUUCAGCUCCUUCGCCAGGAUGCAGUCAGCUCUCCACACCGGAGACGCAGGCCUCGAUUUGUCCGCCGAGCCGUCCGCCGCAUGAGAAGAUGGGGUCUCAUCCCCAGAUCACCCUACAGACCUGCUCAGGCAGCAAGCUCCAACCAGCAACAGCCUGACGUCGCCCCUCAGGGUCAGGAACUAACUCGCUCCACCCCCACCAGCUCCUCUUCGGCUGUGGAGGCCGUCAACCAGCCCGUGCCUCAGAAAGUCGGCAUGUUGACUCGGUCUGAGCAGCAGCGAGACGUGUCGUCUCAAGUGGCGUCCCCAGCGCCACCACUGCCGUCACCGCCCUCAGCAUCCUCGCCUCCACCCCCCUACGCCCCCCCAGCUCCGCCUGUGGAGGAGCCGCUGACGCCUCCAGUGGGCAUCCCUCCCAGCAGUCCCUCUCUGGCUUCCAUCUUCCAAACACUGGGCCUAAGCCUGUCCUUGUUCAGGGCAUCACCCUCGUCGUCCAACAACUACGUGCCCCUUUCUGCCUCCCCUUCGUUCUCCUCCUCGUCUUCCUCCGAUGACGACGUGCUGCUCAUCCCGCUGUCAGAGGACACCACCUCAGAGGACGAUGUGCCCAUGCUCACUUGAAUCACCCUGUGACUAGUGCCUUUAGUACUUUAAUAUGUGUCUAAAUGUAUAUAUUUUGCUUUGGAUUAUAAAAUCAAGUAUUUUGCCAUUUGAAAGAGCAAGUUAGAGCACACGUGUCUCUACAUGUUGGCGUGUACUUAAUCAACGCUAGGCAGCACGUCAGGUGAUAUUUUUGCACAGCCCUAUCUACAUUUUGACAUUUGUGUGAGCGCGUUAGACAGUGGAGUAUGUUUGUAGAUCCUCUCCUCGUACUCCUGCCAAUAUAGUCUAUUUUAGAACACAGGUAUUCCCUUAUUUAAGUGCCUUUUUAAGGAGCUGUCUGCAGAUGGACCAUGAGUUACACGCUCCACAUUUAAAAGCCCUGCACACUGAAAGCUCUAGUUUGUAGAACUUGACCGGCAAUAACCUUUUAGUGCUCAUCCCUUCCCUAAUGAAUGUAUGGAAAUGUGUCCAAAGACAGUCUGUUUGGUGCCUGUUUUUAGUAUAUAUACUGUGUGUGUGCGUGUGCACAAGCGUGCGCCCCCCCCCCAGCUUGAAUUUACAAAACUUGAAUCAUCAACCCCUGAGGGGAAUCAACUCUGUCACAUUUUGACACUUGUGGUGUGCCAUAUGUAUUAUUUCACAUUUGUUUUUUAUUUUUGCAGGCUCCCUCUUUUUAAAUUGCUUUUAUUGAAUUCUAUCAAGGGUCGAUGCAAAGUAGCUUGAAAGUUUUUAACUGCAACAUAAUGAGUAAGAGAAAGUGAUUUUUUAGGGGGAUGUGUGUGUGUGUGUGUGUGUGUGUGUGUGGGUCAAUUUCACUGUAUAUACGUUAAAAAUGUGGCUGCGAUUAAACAAUUUGCACUUUU